AUGCCCUGCGUCCAGGCUCAGUAUGGAUCAUCACCUCAAGGCGCCAGUCCUGCAUCCCAGAGCUACAGCUACCACAGCGCGGGCGAGUACAGCUGCGACUUCCUCACGCCCGAGUUCGUGAAGUUUAGCAUGGACUUGACCAACACGGAGAUCGCCGCCACCACGUCCCUGCCCAGCUUCAGCACGUUCAUGGACAACUACAACAGCGGUGCCUACGACGUCAAGCCGCCCUGUCUGUACCAGGUGCCCCACGCAGGAGAGCAGUCUGCCAUCAAAGUGGAGGACGUGCCCGGGAUGCAUGGGUACCACCAGCAGGGCCACCUCAGCGCGCCGUCCGAAGACAUGAUGGCACACACGGGGCCUAUGUACUUCAAGCCCUCCUCUCCCAGCACGCCCAAUUUCCAGGUGCAGCCGAAUCACAUGUGGGAAGACCCGGGCUCCUUGCACAGCUUCCACCAGAACUACGUGGCCACACAUAUGAUGGAGCAGCGGAAGAACCCGGUUUCUCGCCUCUCGCUGUUCUCCUUCAAACAGUCCCCUCCUGGAACGCCCGUGUCCAGCUGUCAGAUGCGCUUCGACGGGCCCCUACACGUGUCCAUGAGCCAUGAGGGCCACGGGGGCGCACAGGGCUUCGCGGUGCCCAGUGCUCUGAGGAAGCAGGCCGGGCUGGCGUUCCCGCACUCGCUGCAGCUGGGACACGGGCACCAGCUCGUAGACAGCCAGGUGCCCUCCCCGCCGUCCAGAGGCUCCCCGUCCAAUGAGGGUCUGUGCGCGGUGUGUGGAGACAACGCGGCGUGUCAGCACUAUGGGGUCCGGACGUGUGAGGGCUGCAAGGGCUUCUUCAAGCGGACCGUGCAGAAAAAUGCAAAAUACGUGUGUUUAGCAAAUAAAAACUGUCCUGUGGACAAACGCCGGAGAAACCGGUGCCAGUUCUGUCGCUUCCAGAAGUGCCUUGUGGUCGGGAUGGUUCGAGAAGUGGUCAGAACAGAUAAUCUGAAAGGUCGCAGAGGGAGACUACCUUCCAAACCCAAAAGUCCCCAGGAGCCGUCCCCACCGUCACCACCGAUCAGCCUCAUCAGCGCGCUGGUCCGGGCGCAUGUGGACUCCAACCCGUCCAUGUCUGCGCUCGACUAUUCCAGAUUCCAGUCUAGCCCUGACUUCCAAAUGAGUGGGGACAACACGCAGCACAUUCAGCAGUUUUACGACCUGCUCACCGGCUCCAUGGAGAUUAUCCGGGGCUGGGCAGAGAAGAUCCCGGGCUUCUGCGACCUCCCAAAGCAAGACCAAGACCUACUUUUCGAAUCCGCAUUUCUGGAGCUGUUUGUGCUGCGUCUUGCGUACAGGUCCAACCCGGUGGAAGGGAAGCUUAUAUUUUGCAACGGUGUGGUGCUGCACAGGCUACAGUGCGUGCGUGGAUUCGGGGAGUGGGUGGACGCCAUCGUGGAGUUUUCUUCCAAUUUGCAAAGCAUGAACGUGGACAUCUCUGCUUUCUCAUGCAUCGCAGCCCUCGCUAUGGUGACAGAACGGCACGGGCUGAAGGAGCCAAAGCGAGUGGAGGAGCUGCAGAACAAAAUCGUGAACUGCCUCAAAGACCAAGUGACGUUCAAUGGCGGCGGACUGAACCGGCCCAACUACUUGUCAAAACUGUUGGGGAAGCUGCCCGAGCUGCGCACUCUCUGUACUCAAGGUCUGCAGCGAAUCUUUUACCUAAAACUAGAAGACCUGGUUCCGCCGCCGGCAAUCAUUGACAAACUUUUCCUCGACACGCUACCAUUCUGA